AUGAAGCUGCAAACUUUUAAUUGGGUUUUCGCAGAAGAUGUUAAAUUGAUGAUCUACGCUUUUAACGAUCUCACUCAGGGGAAUUUAGCCGAAAAUUGUCCUCCAAAGCUCGUAAUUCAAAUAAAUAAAAUGGAGCGUCAAAUCCGACUAGAACGAGCGUUUUUGACACCAUCUUUUUUGCGUUUAAUCCAAUCAUUUGGCGACUGUCCAACCUCACGUGCUUUCGAUGGAACCGUGGCAUGCAGUGGCUUCUUUCAGCGAGCAAUUGUUCGUGCACAGAUGUUGGAUUUCCCGGUGGCAGUUCGUUCUGUCGCCUCUUACGUCAGGCAAACAUUAGGUCAUUGCUUCACUGGAUACCCUUCAGAUCGAUUGUCACGUGUUGCACUGAAAGUACAGGUGCCGGAAUGUUUGCCAAUGGAAUCAGUCAUCCAUUUAUUGGUUUUUUUUUCCACACCGCUGAUGUCUCUCAGCAAGAACCAGAUCGAUUUCCACAAAAGUCCUGUGGAUUUUGCUCAGUUUCUACCCCACAACAUUAUGUCUCUUUGUCGUGCGGUAAAUUGUCUAAAGUUGCUACAAAGUCGCAUCUUGGUAACUCGCUGUGCUUCAACAGCAACUCCUGGAGGAUCUCAACUAUAUCCCGAAAAAUCAGAAGAGCCGGGCUUCAUCCAAUACGGUCGCAACGCCUCACGUGAUCCGAGGGCAACAGGCGCACGCAGACCGCAACAGGGGGACACUCCUGCUUCAUUCUUAUUACGGCGCCUUAGUCACGCCUACGAAGUCUAUCCUCUUCUCUUCCUCGGCGCCUUCUGGCUCGCAAUUUUCGGCGCUACGGCCUACUACAGUUUUACAAAAAUCGAAAUAUGGCUAGACAGAACUAAGUCGAUGGCACCAUGGGACUGGGAACGUUCCCGCGACACCUACUACAAGAAAGGAACUGUCGCGUUUGACUUAGAAGGUCGUACUCGUAAGCGUUGCGAGUUGAUGGAAAUGCUUCAGGACGAGAUGCUCGAAGCCGCCAAGAAGAGAGGUACACGAUGA